AUGCGACCUUUUGCGCCCUGGAGCGUUCUCUCGCUAUUUUUCAUUGUCUCUUGCGGUGCAGAGCCAAUCGCGAAACCAGAAGCAAUACCACAGCAAUUCUCGAAUAAUGCGCCUUUCUCCGGAGCAAUUUACAUUGUCAAUCCAGACGGUUCUCAAGUUUCGGCGCAAAAUUCAAACUGGUGUCCAUCAUCUGCAUCGAUAAGCUGCAGCAAUGUCAAUCAGCCAAGUUGGUGCUGCCCUGCCAACUACGCAUGCGCGAUCCCUGCGAACUCGAACGGCCUGAUCGGCUGCUGUCCAUCCGGGAGCUCUUGCGGUGGAGUUGUUAAUGUCGCUCAGAUCGCGACCGUGACAGUAUACCCUCAAGAGACCACGGUCGUAUACGCACAGCCUUCCACAGUAGUAGCCUACAAUCAACCGACCCAGGUACAAGCAGGCUUCUGCGCGACGAUCACCAUGUCGGGGCCGGACUUACCUAGGGCAGGUGCAGGAGCCUGCGGCACAGUUCUGAUCGUGAAUGGAGGGACUUUGAAGGGAGUAAGCGUGGGGAUAGUUGUGGUCGCAGUCCUUCUGCAACAAGCGCUAGGGAGAAUGUACCGUUGA